AAUUUCUUCUUUUAGUAGGUUAGUGUGAUCUCAAGUCAAGGCAAAGGUGGAACACCAUGGCAUCUCUCUGGGUUGGACAACGGGGGACCGUGAGAGAUUAUCCAGGCUUUAGCCCAUCAGUGGAUGCUGAAGCAAUUCGUAAGGCAAUCAGAGGGAUUGGAACUGACGAGAAAACACUCAUCAACGUUCUGACUGAGCGGUCGCAGGCACAGCGGCAGCUGAUUGUUAAGGAAUAUCAGGCGGCAUAUGGAAAGGAACUGAAAGAUGACUUGAAGGGCGAUCUCUCUGGCAACUUUGAGCAUGUCAUGGUGGCCCUCGUGACUCCCCCGGCUGUGUUUGAUGCGAAGCAGCUGAAGAAAUCCAUGAAGGGCACUGGAACGAAUGAGGAUGCAUUGAUUGAAAUCUUAACCACCAGGACGGGCAGGCAGAUGAAGGAGAUCUCACAAGCCUACUACACAGUAUAUAAGAAGAGUCUUGGAGAUGACAUUAGUUCUGAAACAUCUGGUGACUUUCGGAAAGCUCUGUUGACUUUGGCAGACGGCAGAAGAGAUGAAAGUCUGAAAGUGGAUGAGCAUCUGGCCAAAAAGGAUGCCCAGAUUCUCUAUAAUGCUGGUGAGAACAGAUGGGGCACGGAUGAAGAUAAAUUCACUGAGAUCCUGUGUUUAAGGAGCUUUCCUCACCUGAAACUAACAUUUGAUGAAUACAAAAAUAUUAGCCAGAAGAACAUUGAGGAUAGCAUAAAAGGAGAAUUAUCUGGGCAUUUUGAAGACUUACUGCUGGCCAUAGUUCAUUGUGCAAGGAACAUGCCUGCCUUUUUAGCUACAAGACUUCAUCAAGCUCUGAAGGGUGCUGGAACUGAUGAGUUUACUCUGAACCGAAUAAUGGUUUCCAGAUCAGAAAUUGACCUUUUGGACAUUCGAGCAGAGUUUAAGAAGCAUUAUGGCUAUUCCCUAUGUUCAGCAAUUAAAUCGGAUACUUCUGGAAACUAUGAAAUCACACUCUUAAAGAUCUGCGGAGGAGAUGACUGAGUCAAGAACUAAUCUCCAAAGAUUACCUGCUGUCACGAUGGGCUUUUCCAACAGCUCUGCUCACUUCUUUCUCGCAGUAUUUAAAAGUACAAGCAAGUGUAAACAACAACCUGUUUUCCUAACAGAAAUUUUCAUUGUUCCAUAACAACACAGCAACAAAGUGAUUAUUUUAGAGCACCUAAUUCAUAGUGUAAUAGUUUAUAAGUGAAAUUUUAAAGUGGUAUUAAGGAUCUGCUAAUCCUACUCAAAUUAUAUUUCUGCUUAGGAAGUGAGAAUCUUUGUACAGUUCUAAAACAUUAAAUAUAAAAGCAGGAUAAUAAAAGUUAUUGUCUUGGUUAAAGGUAA